CGCUUCGUUGAGAGCGAUAAUCAUUUUUAUGUCAAUGAAAAUUUUUGUGUGCUUUUGACGGAAUCAGGACUUGGGUUUUAUUUUAGCGAAUAUCAGCGUAAAGAUACACGUGUUGGCAAGGGAGUGUAUCAUGGCCACAGCAAUACUUUUUUAUAGUUUCAUCGAGAACUGAACUAUAGUCGUUCACGCGCCAUUAGAAGCACAAGCGUCACGCGAUCAACUUUGAGCACUGCAACUUCGGCGAAGUGAAGCGCCCGGCAAGAUGUCUGAGUCCAGCGGAUACUUGGCGCUGCGAUGGAACAACCACCAGAGCAUCUUCGCAACGACUCUCGAUGAUCUACGAAUCGCAGAAAGUUACUGUGAUGUGACGCUGUCCUGCGGCGGGCAAUUCUUCUCAGCGCACAAGUUCGUGCUGGCGACGUGCAGCGAUUACUUCAAGGAGAUGAUAGCACGCACGCCCUGCAAGCAUCCUGUGGUGUACAUGAGGGACGUCUCUCCGCAUGACAUGGAGGCGCUCCUCGACUUCAUGUACAAGGGCGAAGUUCACGUGGCGGAGACAGAGGUGCCUUCGCUGCUGCGCACGGCGGAGGGGCUACAAGUGAAGGGUCUAGCGGUCCCUGACAGCCCCAGGGUGUCUUCCCCAGUUCCUCAGUUGAGGGUACCACCUCCUCAACUUUCUACCUCCCCAUCAAGAAUCGCCACGCUCGUCCCCAAGAAGAAAAGAAGUGCAGACGGAUCUUUUAAGAAAGACGAGCCUCCAAGACUGACACCUCUGCCUCUGAACAGCGGAGGCGCUGCUGGUCAAGUCAACUCACCUGCUCAGGAAACGUCCCCUCAUGGGCGUCUUUGCGGCCCACCUCAACUAAAACGCCAGAAAGUCGCCCCGAGCCCCGUGAACGGGCCUUGUCUGGCCAGCACGUCCAAGGCGUCGUUGGGUGGCAUUUCGAAAGAUGCUUCCAUGGGCAACGGAGUUUGUUUCGGCGCCAAAGAAGGAUCGGUUGACCGCUCGUCUUCUUCCAGCGACGACCCGCAACCUGCUCUCAUCUCUCCUGAAAAAAUGCCGAAUAACAGCGUUGUCGGAGACGACGACCUACAGCGUAAUGAAGAUUGUGACGAGGCUUCAUUGCUGUCUUCAGUCUCCAAUCUAGUCAAGGAGGAAGUCUUCCGCUCCAACGGCCCCCUAGACAACGAUGAUGAUACGAAUGACGUGCUGCAAGUUGACCUCAGUGAGGACGGCUCCCAGUUCAUCAUUGGACCUGGCGGUCGAUUUCCCAACAAAGAAGAGAGUUUGGACGACGAAAGCGGCGAUAACCAAAAGAAACCGUUCGUGUGUCCUCUCUGUGGCCACGACUUCACCAGGCGGGAUAACCUGGCCAAUCACCUCAAA